CUCGGGGACGCCGAGGAGAACAGUUUGGAGGGCCGGGGCCGCGGCUCCCGGCACCCAACGUUACUGACGGCUAAGCCCUCCCGGCCGCGCGAUGCCUCCGCUCGACCACCACCGUCACCACCUCAGCCCUCGCGGGCAGUGCGCCGGGCUACAGCCGGCUCUCAGAGAGCAAGUCGCCUAGCGAUUGCGCGGGGCGGGGCCGCCGGCCAUUCGGGUCUGUGGGAGACAUCCGCUUCCGGGGCCAAAGCCCUCGCGUUGCCCGGCUCUGCGACUCCGCCGUGCUGCACCUGGUAUCAGACCCCGGUCCCUGAGUCGCUCCUGCCUUCGCCCUGCUGCCAGCAUUCUCAGCCAGUCAUGUUGGAGCAUCUGAGCUCGCUGCCUACACAAAUGGAUUACAAGGGGCAGAAGCUAGCUGAACAGAUGUUUCAGGGAAUUAUUCUUUUUUCUGCAAUAGUUGGAUUUAUCUACGGGUACGUGGCUGAACAGUUCGGGUGGACUGUCUAUAUAGUUAUGGCCGGAUUUGCUUUUUCGUGUUUGUUGACACUUCCUCCAUGGCCUAUUUAUCGCCGGCACCCCCUCAAGUGGUUACCUGUUCAAGAUUCAGGCUCUGAAGACAAGAAACCAGGGGAAAGAAAAAUUAAGAGGCAUGCUAAAAAUAAUUAGGGUUUUCAUGAUUCAGCUUGACUACUGCACCUGCUUUCAUUUUGUGUGAGAUGAGCUAAAUUGUUUUCAUAUCCACAUGAGCUGAAACCCACCUCUGCUCCUCCAGUGCAGCUGUGUAUAGAUUUUGUUCUCUUUAUAUUUCACUUCUAACUUAGUUGGCUUUUGACAUGUAAUUAUUUUAGACCUUCUCUUCAUAAUCUUUCUCUGAAAUGACUGCAGAAAACCCAAAUAUGCAAAAUUUCUUUCAGGUCUACAAAAAUAAUGAAUAAAUGCCUCAUAAAAGUAUAAUUUGACUGUCAAAGUUUUAUAAUUCAUUGUGAGUGGUUAAAUUGUUUUAAGGUUUUCAAUUAAAACUCAGUGCAGGUCUA